AUGUCCGUCUUCUUCAAAAAUAUUCAACCUGGCAAUCCAGUGAAGGCAGGCGAUGUUGAAUCUCUGCUUGAACCACUCGGUCUCGGUGUUCGUCCUGAAGAAGCUGCCGAAUAUCAACUUCUCCUUGCUGCAGCUCACGACUGUGCCGAAAGGAUCAAUAAACUUCCAGAUUAUCAGCCUGUUCCAGAUGAAGGGCGUUUUCCACGUCGGGAUAUCCGUGUGCCGGGUGAGAAUGAGCAAAGCUUCGGCCAUGCAUGGGCACAUCGCUUCAUCAUCGAGGGAGAUCAGUCUUCGACGUCAGCGAUCACGGGCAAGACUGUCUGUGUGAAGGACUGCAUUGCUGUAGCGAAAGUGCCACAGUUCUUCGGAAGCGAUGCCUUCCCGGCUUGGACUCCCAGUACUGAUGCGACGGUCGUCACAAGAGUUCUGGAAGCUGGAGUUAAUGUUGUUGGGACUGCCACCUGCGAGAACUUCUGCAAUUCGACAUCUUCAUUUACAAGUGCUCAAGGUAUUGUCCACAAUCCACAUCAGACUGGCUAUUCCGCGGGUGGUAGCACUUCCGGAGGUGCUGCUCUUGUGGCUGGUGGAGUGGUAGACAUGGCAAUUGGUACCGAUCAAGGAGGCAGUAUUCGUGUCCCUGCUUCACUUUGUGGUUGUGUUGGUUUCAAGCCAACUCAUGGUCUUGUGCCUUACACUGGAAUCACGAGUGGUGAUCAGAUUGAUGAUCAUGCUGGACCCCUUGCAAAUUCAGUCAACGAUGUCGCGGCUUGUCUGGACGCUAUUGCUGGAUAUGACGGUAUUGACGACCGGUCUCUCGGAGCAGCUCAGCAUGGAUCAUUCGGUUUCCAGAAGUCACUGAAAGGAGGUCGACUGGAAGGCAUCCGUAUUGGUGUGCUGCGUGAAGGUUAUGACAAUGACUUGGUUCAGGCUGAUGUGAAGAAAGUCUUCUUUGAGGCUGUCGCAAGACUCAAGGCGCUUGGUGCGACAGUAGAAGAAGUCUCCAUUCCUUUGCAUAACGAAGGACCCUCAAUCUGGACGAUUCAACAACGCAUCUCUGGCUCGGCAGGUAUCCUUGGUCAAGCCAAUGGUCGCAGAGGACUGUACCUGACUGAAUUCGAGCAUGCACGCCUGCCAUGGACGGCGAACAACUUCGAAAAGCUGUUCCCUUCCACCAAGAACACGGUCAUCAACGGACUGUACUUACAAAAGCAGUUCCCUGGUUUGUACGCGAAGACGAUGAAUGUUGGUAGACAGAUUCGCGACGCGUAUGAAGCAGAAUUGGAAAAGUAUGAUGUCAUCAUUAUGCCCACGACGCCAUAUGUUGCGCCAAAGAACGGAUCAAGAGAAUCCGUGUUGAAGUCUUUUGAGCCGAGUAUCGGAUUGACCAGCAAUACAGCCAUCUUCAAUGUGACUGGACAUCCAGCAUUGUCCCUUCCGGUUGGAUGGUCGGCAGCUGCGGGUGAUGAGUCGGUGUUGCUGCCUGUCGGUUUGCAAAUAGUAGGCGGUCUCUGGCAGGAGAAAAAGAUCUUGCAUGUCGCAGAGGCAUUAGAAGAUAGCUUUGAUUGGAGAUCUCAGAAACACGAAAUGCCUAGCGCUUCAGGGCCACAGGCCUCCACAAACAAGCGGCGAAAACUUGAUGGUCCUGCUCGAGGUGGUAAUGCGCGACUUUGCCCACAUUGCGGGCGCACUUUCAAACGAACGGAGCAUCUGGCGCGGCAUGUGCGGACGCACACCAAGGAAAAGCCUUUUCCAUGCGAAUGUGGAGCUGCUUUUGGACGACGUGACUUGCUCACGCGACAUCGAAGAGUGAAUCACCAUGAGGACAGUAAUGGAGCACCGAAUGCCACAUCAACGCAACCAGAGUCUGCAGGAGCAUUACAGAGCGAGCCUGGUGAUGAUGUUGACUCGACCGAUAUUACCGCUGCUGAAGUGAACCCAGACGAGGGUCCAUGGUUCGAGCAACAGCCUCAGACAAACACAUCGUAUCAUCAGCCAACAAUUGCAUUGAAUGAUGGCCAUCAUCAGGGUCUGCUCCCAACUGGACAACAUGAUCCUGUACUCCUGUCGCCUCGAAUGCCGGACAACGGCGACCUUAUGCAGAUGGGCGAGGGCUUACCAUCAUUGACACCAUCUGGCGUUGAUGUCGACAUGCAUUUCCGAGACUUUGCCAGCUUCCUUGACGGUGUCGGCUUGUGUGUUGAAUGGAGUCCAAUCUUCAAUAAUGUGGAGAGACCAGAGGACUUUGGUAACCUUGGUCUGACUGAAGGAACUGAUCAACCGGUACCUGCUGAGGCAGAUGUUCGAGCAAGAGCAGGCUCACCGUUCAGUACGUGGCUGCCGUCCGCUCCUACGAAAGACCGAAACUCCAGCAAUGUCUGUGAUCUUGCCAAUCCUCGUGUCGCUGAUCCCGAGAUUCGUCGUUUCGACGUGACGGAGGAGCAGCGUGUCAAGCUUGAUCAGAUUAUCCGCUCCUCUUCCCAUAUCUUGGACCCUGCAUUCCAUCUGCCUUCACGCCACGCUCUCACUCGGUACAUCAAGUCUUUCUUUGGCGGUUUCCACCUGCACAUGCCCUUCAUACACGUUCCUACCUGGCAUCUGUACGAUCAUCCUGUAGAAGUCAUCUUUGGGAUUGCGGCUAUCGGUGCUCAAUACUGCUUUGAGAAGAGAGCGGCAGAACAACUCUUCUUUGCUGGGAAAGCUUUUGUUAUGGACAGACUCGCAAGACCGCCCGAAACGCUUGCAUCUCCUUCUCUCCUCGUUAUGGAUUCGGUGACUCCAUCGGUGGAUCAGCAUCAGCCAACAACCCAAAACACCGAAGGCGAGUCUAUUGAGACAAUCAGAGCUUUGCUCACCCUCAUGGGAUACGCAACCUGGGAUCCGCAACCAUCAACAGUCCGUCAGUCUUUUGCAUUGCAAGAACUACUUACGCAGAUCUUGAGGAAUGAAGGCUUGGAAGAUGUCAAGGAGUCGCUGUUACCCUCAGAGCUGGGACGGAAUUCUGGUCACCUCUUGGAGCAAGACUGGCGUUCGUGGGUUGAGAAAGAGUCUACUCGACGUACAAAGCUGGUUGCAUUCUCUUUCAUCCACACCCACAGUAUCGCAUACGACGUCUACCCUCCACUGCGCAGUAAUGAGAUUGGCCUUCGAUUGCCCUGCUCGACCCUGGAGUGGAAUGCUCCAAAUGCUCUGUCCUGGCAUGCUGCCCGAAAAGCGACCCCAAAGCCACAACUAUUCUUCAAAGAAGCGCUUUCUUUCCUCUUGGACCACAAGCACGAACCUGCAAGAUUAGACCCCAUCCCGACACCUCUGGGGAACUAUGUCUUGCUUCACGGGUUGAUUCAAAGGAUACACAUUGUCAGAGAUCUGAGUUUGCCCAUCAUGAGCGACAUGGCAGCUUUACCGCCAGAGGAAGUCGAGAAGCUUGAACGCGGUCUUCGAUGCUGGACGUCAGGCUGGCAACAAGCUCCAGAGUCGUCGCUUGAUCCGAACAACGAGAACGGUCCCAUACCUUUUACUUCCAGUUCUCUGCUCGCCCUCGCCUAUGCACGCAUCUAUCUCAACCUCGGACCGUAUCGUCAGCUUCAGACGCGGGAGCCUCAGCGUAUCGCCCGUGCUUUGACGAGAUGUCCUGAGAUUGAACGUAGCGAAGGAGUGAUUGCGGCGCUGCUCUAUGCGACUCACAUGCUUGGUAUUCCAGUCAAACUCGGCGUUGAUCGAGUAGCAAAAAGUCAAGCCUUCUUUUGGAGUGUGAGGCAUUCCUUGGCUAGUCUGGAUUGUGCAAUCUUGCUGAGUAAAUGGCUCACGAUUGUGGCGAGCACUUCGGCUACGAGCCCACUGACUGAUAGCGAAGAGAGAAUCCUGUACUGGGUCAAAUGUAUCGUUGAAGAGGCUUACGCGGUGGUUGACUUUGACGACACACCAGCCGAGGACAUCGACUUCCAGAACUCCGCAGAUCUCGCCCUGGCUGUUCUUAGGAUCUGGGCACACUUCUUCAAGAGCAAUUCACAGUGGCCAUUCAUCAACAUCAUCGGCCAUGGUCUGGAAGCAUAUCGGAAUACGCUCGUUCAUGCAAAAGUCUGA